CUCUAUAAUUCAUUAUGCAUUUUUUAUUGCUUUCCUAUGUGUUAAUCAUUUACGCCAGCUUUUCGGAAGCCCAGUCGUUUGGGGUAACUCUUCGCCCACCUUUGAUUCGGCUCACUACCUCGGCAAGUAAUGCUGGCGCAUCAUCGGACUCUAAUGUAUGCCGUACGCCGGCUAAGCCUAAGAAUAUGAAAUUUGAUAUGAAUAAGUACUUGGGAGUCUGGUAUAUGUAUGCCCGAAACCCUUUUGCGUAUGAGCCGCUAUCUAGAUGCGUGAGAUGGAACUACAUGCAAGAUCAGGUUCUGGAUUAUGCCAUAGAAGCAACGCAAGUUCCUCCGCAAAAGAAGUAUUUAAGUUUAACUAAAGUAGGCAUCACCAAUGUUAGUAAUGCUCCCUCCUUCAGUAUACACAAUAACGACAAACUAACGAUGCUUGAGGUCCCCAUUGUUACCUGGGUAUUAGAUACAGAUUACAAUAACUAUGCGGUUCGCCUCUCCUGUUUUGAUGUCUACAAAUAUGUUACAUUUCACAGCUGGAUCAUUGAAACACGCAAACCAAUUCCAGAUGCCAAAUAUAUAACGAUUGCCAAUGAAGUUAUUAAAAAUGCUGGAAUGAAUCCCGAUCACUUGCUUAAAAUACAGCAAAAUAAUUGUCCCAAGCCCGAAGAGGCCGUUUCUGAGCCAACUACUGAAAUUGUUGAUGAUUAUACCCGUAAAGUAUACACAGUCGGGAAUAAUCCCUUAUUCCCAAAGACUACUAGGCGCCGGUUUUAUAAUAAUUGGGCAAAAUAGUUACAGAAAUACUAAUAAUUUAAAUUAGAUAACGUU